UUACGCAUCAAAAAUCUUUCAAAUCUCACUAUUAACUCCAACAAUUUUACUAAUAACACCCCGAAUUGCAAUAUGUUUACUCUCUUAUCUAAUCGACUGGUCACUCUACAAGAUCGACAUAAAAUCCGGUGGAUGUUUCAAUCGUCCAAUAUUCUUUUUCUAUGCACUAACACCAAUCAUGUUCUGGUUGUGCCGUGAUUUAGGCUAUAAACAAUAUCAUGGAGUCAGUAUUAUCUUCAUCAAAAGAUACCUAAUAUUAUUCUGUGUAACAUUGCCGAUAGCAAUUUUAAUGAUGAUUGUGGAAUCAGAUAUUACAUUUGAAGAAGCUUUAAAUAUCGACGUAUUAAAUUACAAGAUUAUUCCAACCAUCAAUCAAAAUAUUGGAUUGGGCAGUGAUCAACUGUUAGUAAACUGGAAUUGGAAACUUGUAACUAUUCUUGGACAUAUUAUGAUAUUAUUUCCUAUAUUAGGAGUAUACACAAUGGUAGAAUGGAUUAGAAUCAUCUGUAAAUUUAAAUCAAAGAAGAAAAAUGCAUCGAAAUUAUCUUCAAUUCAUGUUUUUAUGAAUUUAUCUUUAAUAUUCUCCACUGGUUUGUUAAUAUUGUCUGUAAAAUUAACCACAUAUGAUUUUUUACCGCUAAUUAUACCAUUUGUUUAUAUAAAUGGUGAAACAAUCAUAAAAUCAUCAAGAAAAACAGUUAAAACAACAAAUUAUGCAUUUAAAUUGUGGAUUUGCAUCAAUAUGUUGCUGGGAUUAUUUAAUGGAUUUUUACACGAAGGCGGAGUACUUCCUGCAACAAUGUACCUGUCAAAGAGACAUCAAGAACAUCAAAUCUACCCAGUUGAUAUUCAUAUUGUGACCAGCCAUGUCCCGCCGAUACCGCAAAUGUUAUUUAUGCAGUAUGAGCACGAACAGGAAAUUUUCCUGCACGAGUAUGGCAAGAGUCCCAUCACGACAGUAAUCGAACAAAUCGCUACGCUCAGAUACGAUGCCUUCGUUACUGGCAACGAGUACCAGCUUUAUUUCCUGAUACCGUCGUAUAAGCACAAUGAAUUGAUCUCGGCGCUACAAGAUUUCAAUCGGGUGGAUAUCAAAUUAGAAACGAGCUUUUAUCCGCACGUUACUGUCGAAGCUUUCGAUACGUUCAAGCUACAAAAUUAUCAAUUUUCGAAUGUGACAGAUCUUAUAUAUGCAACCAGUUUGACAUUCAAUUUAGAUUUGUAUGCUAUUCAGCCUUAAGUGAAUUAAAAAUGUAUAUAAAGUUGCAUAAAAUUAAUUAAUCACGA